UCUAUUAUUCUUUUUUUUUUCCCUUCUCAGACACAUUUAAUCAAGUCAAGCACCAAAAUGCUAACACUCUUUCCUGGAGAGAGAAAGACUAAGAUUUCUUUCACUCAAAGAAGUCAUCCACCUGCAGGCACUCGGCAGACCAGCAUUGCUUCCUUCUUCACCUCGCAGCCAGGAAAGACAAAUGGUGGUGACCAGAAAAAUGUUUCAUCUCAUAUAGAAAGUCAGGCCAACAAAGAGUCUAAGGAAGAUGCAGUCCAGCUAGACCAUCUGAUCCAGGGCUUGGAGGAUGACUGCAUGGCACCCCCUUUAGCCACUUCAACCCCUGCAGACAUCCAGGAAGCUACUAGACUUUCUCCAAAGUCCCUCCGGACUAAUUGCCACCAUGAAACAGGAACCCCAUGCUUGACUGUGCUGUCUUUGUUCCAGCCUGAUACCUUAGUCCAUGCUAAAGAGUGUAAAGCCUCACUGGCUUGCUCCUUCACCCAAGACAUGAAGAAUUCUUGCUUGCUGGACCAAAAGGAGGGAGAAGAUUCUUCUUGGAAAAGGGAAUGGCUUCAUGGAUCCAAGAAAAAUAACUAUCAGAGUGUGGAGAGAGACAGUAAAACACCUGAGCGCAAGCGCCAUCAGCUCUUGGACAAGACUAACUUGGAAAAUGUGUCUUCCAAAACAAACAGCCAGUCCCCUGUCCUUCAAACAUACAAGGAAUUCUGGACUGGAGCAGACACAGCAGUGAAACAAAGCCCCUGUCGUCCUCCUGUGUUUUCCUGGGACAGUGAAAAGAAUGACAGGGACUCCUGGAGCCAGCUUUUUACUGAGGAUUCUCAAGGCCAGAGGGUCAUAGCCCACAACUCUAGAGCUCCUUUCCGAGAUGUAACCAAUGACCAGAAUCAGGGCUUAGGGCAGCUUCCUAACAGCCCUUGGGCUCAGGGCCAGGAUAGGACCACUCAGUUAAAUCUGCAGCCUGAUUUGCUCUUUACCCAGGACUCUGAAGGUAAUCAAGUUAUCAGGCACCAAUUCUAAAUGCCUUUGUGACGGUUUGGUUCUGAAAGUACCUUGAAAUGACAUAGAAGAAAGUAUCUUCGGGGAGGUGUUUUUUGUUUUGUUUAUCUUUCUAGGGUCAUACCCACAGUAUAUUUGAAGUUCCCAGGCUAGGGGUCUAAUUGGAGC